AUGGGGCUCAACCGGGAGGGAGACCUCUGCCUGGACCUCCUGAGCGGCAGCUACAUCUGGCUGCGCCGCGUCCGGGAGGGCGUGGGCAAGGCACAGGGGGACAAGGGGGACGACGGCGCCGGCGGCGGCGGGGCCGCCGCUGCGGCGGCAGACGCCGGCGACCUGGUCGGCAGCGGCGGCGCCGCCAGCGGCCCCUUUGACCCCGAGUCAUGGCCGCCGCUGGACCCCGAGGCGCAGUACGUGGUGACCCUCCAGCUUCCGGGCGGCCAGCACGUGCCCCUGACCCACUCGCGGGUCACUGACGAAGGCCUCUUCGGCCUGGGCCCCCCCACACCCACGGCUGGUGGCGGCGGCGGCGGCGGCGGAGCCAGCGGCGGCGCGAGAUCGCCCUCGGUUGCCCCCAAAGCGGAGGAUGGUGGCGGCGGCGGGCGCAGCGCUGCGCAGCGGGCCAAGUCGGCCUCUGCGGUUCAGGCUGUGCAGGUGCCGCUGGCCCGCGCCAUAGCGAGGGCCGAGGCCAUCGCGGGGCGCCUGCAGGCGCGCCGGCUGGCCUUCCUUUCGCAGCGGCAGGCGGCGCGCAUCGUCGGCGCGGUCGGCGGGUGGAAGAUCGGGGGCCACUACGAGGGGCACCACACAACGCCGGCAGGCGCGCGCCAGCUGGAGGUGCUGCGGGAGCACGGCCUGCCCGUCAGCCGCCGCUACACCGCCCUGGACGCCCACCGCGAGCUCACGCGCCACCUCAAGUCACGCGGCCUGCCGGACCCGCCCGCCACGCCGGCGCAGGCCGCGCGCAUGCGCGAGCUGGGCCUGGACGGCGGCGACCCCGCUGCCGCUGCCGGGGGGACGGCCCCGGCCCUCACGUUCGCGCAGGCGCGCGCGCGCCUGUUCAGGGCGGCGGUCGCGGAGGAGGAGGCCGAGGCGGGCGGCGCGCUGUCGUCCGUGAAGCGGCGGCCCAGGUGGCAGAGGGAGCGGCGCGGCAUGACCUUUGAGGCGCUGAAGAAGCGGGCCAAGCGGCAGGGGCUGCGGCACAUGGUCUAG